CUUAAUUGGGCUUAUGGUGAUACUAUGCAAAUAUAAUACAGUUAAAAUAUAAAAGGCCUUAAUGUAAAAAUCGAUAAUCAUGUUGACAGUAGGAUAGGGAGGGUUUAUCUGUUUUUUUUAACCGGAAAAGAGGCGGAGACAGAUGUAACGUUAGCAACCACGCCGAGGGACGGGAACGGUUAUCGUUAAUGUGAAGGAUUGCCCUCUAAAGAAUGGCGUUAAAGUCACACUGAAUCUGCGUGUUACAUAUCAACGUACAGCCGGAUCCUCGACAGAAGCGUCGCGUCUUCUUUCGAUCGAGCAGACCUGUUGUUAAGUGAUGCUGCCGGCUUCCGGCUGUGACUGCCCCCACCUGGACUGCGUGGGGGAAAUCACCAAGGAGGAACUCAUUCAGAAAUCCCACGGCCAAUGCCAAGAUUGCAAAGUCGGUGGACCAAAUCUGUGGGCGUGUUUGGAGAAUGGCUGCGCAUACGUUGGCUGUGGAGAAUCUCACACCGACCACAGCACCGUGCACUCGCAGGAGACGAGGCACAACCUCACAGUGAACCUGACCACGCUCCGAGUGUGGUGCUACGCCUGCGGCAAGGAGGUUUUCCUGGAGCGAAAGCUUGGUCCUCACUCUCCCCACGGCACCAGCAGACCGCUCCCGUCUCCACAGAAGGCUGGACAGGAUAACAGCAGGGCCCCUGGGAGCCCAACCUCUCUGAGAGUGCCACCUAAUGGAGGCUGUGAAGACCUGGAUAUGGAGACUGAGGAGGAGGAUGAACUGCGGGCCAGAGGCCUGACGGGGCUGAAGAACAUAGGCAACACCUGCUACAUGAACGCUGCCCUCCAAGCCCUGUCCAACUGCCCGCCCUUGACACAAUUCUUUCUCGAAUGUGGUGGCAUGGUGAGGACGGACAAGAAACCUGCACUCUGCAGAAGUUACCAGAAGCUUGUGUCGGACCUUUGGCACAAGAACAGACCCUCCUAUGUGGUUCCAACCAACUUGUUCCAGGGGAUCAAAGCCAUAAACCCCAUGUUUAGAGGAUAUUCCCAGCAGGACUCUCAGGAGUUUCUGCGCUGCUUGAUGGAUCAGCUUCACGAGGAGCUAAAGGAGGCGCAGCCAGAGCCCUACGACCAGUCCAACGGCGUCACCGUGGACGACGGUCCCGAGGAGGACAACCGCAGUCAGUCGGACAACGACUUCCAGUCCUGCGAGUCCUGUGGCAGCAGCGAGCGGGCCGAUAACGAGGUGCAGGGCGGUAACGCCACCAAGGGAGACAACAACGAGGCCGAGAUGCUGAUUACUGAGGAAAAUGAAAUCCAGUCCAACAGGGAGUGGCAGAAGGAGAAGAACAUGAUUAAUGACCUUUACCGCUCUGGAGUUAACGGGGUUAUGGGCGGAAGCACUGGAGUGGACAUGGACAAAGACGUGGACACCACCACCGAAACGACGCCCAUUAUCAGCAGCCAGGGAGCCAUCAAGGUUCAAGGAAGAACAUCAGAUUCCUUCCCAGACAUCCAAAUAUCCAACUCCACAAGACCGCAGAGUCCAGUCCCGACAGAGGGACACAUUCCCAAAAUGUCCAGCAGCCCGCCCAAAGCUGGUUCAGGCUGGUCCAGCCUUAUCCCUUCACACAAGAAAGCAGUGACCACAUUCUCCCCCCCGAAGAGCAAGCGUCAGAAGAAAUACCGCAGCGUCAUCUCCGACGUGUUUGAUGGGACCAUUGUCAGCUCCGUUCAGUGCCUCACCUGUGACCGGGUGUCUGUUACUCUGGAGAACUUCCAGGACAUCUCGCUGCCCAUCCCAGGAAAGGAAGACCUGGCCAAGCUCCACUCCUCCACCCACCAAACCUCCCUGGUUAAAGCCGGCUCUUGUGGAGAAGCGUAUGCACCGCAGGGCUGGAUCUCCUUUGUCAUGGAAUACAUAAAGAGUUGGUUCUGGGGUCCAGUGGUUACGCUACAAGAUUGUCUUGCAGCUUUCUUUGCCAGAGAUGAACUAAAGGGAGACAACAUGUACAGCUGUGAAAAAUGCAAGAAAUUACGAAAUGGAGUGAAAUUUUGUAAAAUGCAAAGUUUGCCAGAGAUCUUGUGUGUACAUUUGAAGCGCUUCAGGCACGAGCUGAUGUUCUCCACCAAGAUAUGCACCCACGUGUCCUUCCCGCUCGAGGGCCUGGACCUGCAGCCUUUCCUGGCCAAAGACAGCUCCGCCCAGACCACCAACUAUGACCUGCUGUCAGUCAUCUGUCACCAUGGCACUGCCAGCAGUGGCCACUACAUAGCGUACUGCAGGAACGAUUUGAACAAUCUGUGGUAUGAGUUUGACGACCAAAGCGUGACCGAGGUGUCCGAAUCCUGUGUCCAGAAUGCUGAGGCUUAUGUGCUCUUCUAUAAAAAGAGCAACGAGGAUGCACUGAAAGAACGGAGGAGGGUGUCCGGUUUAUUCAACAUGAUGGAACCCAGCCUUCUGCAGUUCUACAUCUCCCGCCAGUGGCUUAACAAGUUCAAGACCUUUGCUGAGCCGGGGCCGAUUUCCAAUGACGACUUCCUGUGUUUGCAUGGAGGUGUGCCUCCCAACAAAGCAACAUUUAUCGAUGACUUGGUAGUAAUGCUGCCGCAGAACGUGUGGGAUCACCUUUACAGCAGGUACGGCGGAGGACCGGCUGUCAACCACCUGUAUGUCUGCCACACGUGCCAGAUUGAAAUAGAAAAACUGGAAAAACGGCGCAAGUCAGAGCUGGACAUGUUUGUCAGGCUGAACAAGGCGUUCCAGGAGGAGGAGUCUCCAGUGGUCAUAUACUGCAUCAGCAUGCAGUGGUUUCGUGAGUGGGAGGGCUUUGUCAAAGGAAAAGACAAUGAUCCACCGGGGCCCAUUGAUAAUUCCAAGAUUACAGUAAACAAGAACGGCCAUUUAACACUUAAACAAGGAGCUGACUCGGGGCAGAUCUCUGAGGAGACGUGGAACUUCCUUCACUCCAUCUACGGUGGCGGUCCACUUGUGACGGUUCGGCCAAACAUCAGCCACCAGGAAGCAGAAUCGCCACAGUCCGAGGAGAAGAUUGAGAUGGAAACACGCUCUGUUUAAUCAAGCACUCUGCAUAAAACCUUCAAGAAACUAAAAGCCUUUUCAUUUUGCACUUGACUUUUAUUUCAAAUGCAUUCAAACAAAGGACCUCAUCUUUAGCGCUAUUGGACAUGACCGCUGACCGGUAGAAUCAACGUGUCUGAAGAGGUUUUUCAUGUUGUACAAAUCUGUUUGAAGAGCUCUUAAAUUUCUAUUAGCACUCAUGUGUCGGGUUAUUUUAAGAACCAACCAUUUAAAGUAUGUGCAGCUAAAAAUUACACAGAAUGAAUGCCAUAUAUAUUUCUUCUUGACCAAAUGAGCACAUAUUGUAUGUCCAUUUGUAUUGUAUUGUUGGAUCACAAUCUUGGUGUAGAUAAAUAACACUUUCUUCUGUUUAAAAGACAAUUUUUUUCCAGAUGAAUGCCCAGAAGACGUAAAAUGUGAUAUUUAAAGUGAUGAAGAUCACUAAGUUAUGAAGGGACUAAUUACUGAGUAGUCUCAGGAAUGAAUUUUGUUUUGCACUGUUCUGUAGAAGUACAAAUUGGCAUGCUUAUGCAAAUGUCUGGUUUGUAUUUGAAUGUACCAGUACUGAUAGUAUGUUGGUCAGGAUUCAGCACUUGGUAACUUGGCACAGAAGGGAGCUUAAUAAUAAGAUGUUAAUAGGUUGAUUUUUUUGUAGAAAACAUGUGGCAGGCAAAGUCUGUUAAGAAUGCAUGAUCUUAAGCUCAAACACAAUUUAACACAUGUAACUGCAUGUAAAUGCAAAGCUUUCCAUAAAAUUGUACUGAAUUGUACUACUACCAAAAGCAUAUUACGGUAUGUCAUCAUCGGCAGCAAUAUAGUUAAUUAAAAGCAUUAUUUUUGAUGGUA